GUGACUGCAAUGUGUAACCGACACCUGCGUCCAAUGACUCGACCGCCAACCAACCAACCACUUGUUCUCCACCAGUCACUCAGUCACUCGUGGUGAUGGCGACGGCGACGACCAAAGCCCACGAGGUCACUCAAGCGGGAGUGAGCCUGAGUUCAAGCAAUGCAAAUCCAAAUCCCAUCCGACAUGGCAAUCUGGGGCAAGCAGAGCGCGCCUUCUCGGCUGCGUCGACGUUCAUGUCUGGCAUCAUGGCCAUAUCGGCCUCGCAGUUCAUCGGAGCACCGCUCAAGUUGAUCGAUGCCCAAUUCUAUGAAGCCUACAUGGCCUGGACAAAAGAGUCCUUCGCCGUGCUCAUGACCACAAUCACCCAGUGGUGGGCGCCCACUGUGGUGCGAGUCAGUGGUGACGCGACCAUGAAAGGACAACUCUUUCAGAUGGACGAUGGGACGUUGAAGUGCAACUUUCCGCACCGCUUGGUGCUCAUGGGCAACCACCAGCUCUACACAGACUGGCUCUAUUUCUGGUGGAUCGCUUACACCAACAAAAUGCAUGGCCGGAUCUACAUUAUUCUGAAGGAGAGCUUGAAGCAUAUUCCGAUCAUCGGUUGGGGAAUGCAGUUCUACAACUUCAUCUUCCUCAGCCGGAAAUGGGAGCAGGACCGCUACAGCUUCAAGCGACAUCUCGAUCAUCUGAAGAACCCGAAAGAUCCCAUGUGGCUGCUCAUCUUUCCAGAAGGUACUAACCUGUCCGAAGUCACCAGGCAAAAGUCUGCAAAGUGGGCAGAGAAGACGGGUGUGCCGGACAUGAAGCAUCAGCUUCUUCCACGAGCGAUAGGCCUACAGUUCUGCUUGAAGGAACUGAGAGCUACCACGAACUGGCUAUAUGACUGCACCAUAGCCUACGAAGGCGUGCCAAAUGGUAUGUAUGGUCAGGACAUCUACACGUUAAAGUCGUCACUGUUCGAAGGCAGGCCCCCAAAGUCUGUCAAUAUGUACUUUCGCAGGUUCAAGAUCGCCGAUAUCCCAUACGAGGACGAUGAAGCCUUCUCCCGCUGGCUCAUCAAUCGAUGGCGGGAGAAAGACUACAUGCUGGACUACUACUACAAAUUCGGGAACUUCCCUGCAGAAGAU